ACCGUGGAGGGGGACCACGCACCCAUUUGCAGAUGAGGAGACUGAGGCCCCAAUCCCUCGGUUCAUCAGGGGGGUCUAUAUCCUUAAGUCUUGGCGCCCGUCGUCUCAUUCUGCUCUCACAGCAGCCCCGGAGCUGUUCUGUGGGGUUCUCGUCUUACAGCAGUGACACUGAGGCACGGGGAGGUGGCCGUAGGAAAAGACCCCUGACAUCUGACCUUAUGAAGCAUCUGCUUUGUGCCAGGCACUUUAAUGUGCGCGGUCACGCUCUCCAGUCCUUUGCGUCGGGUGCUGUUAUGAGCCCAUCUUACAACUGAGGGAUUUGAGGUGCAGGACUCGGCUAAAAUCACACAGUCUGCAGGUGGCAAAGAUGGGACUUGAAUCCAUGUUUGACCCCAAAACUCGAGGCUCGACCAUCCGAGAGAGAGGCGAGCACUUACCGCAGGACAAGCACAGAUGAUUCUCCUCUGAGCCAGGACUCCACACCCAGACCUCUCCUGCUCUUUGCUCUGGAAUGUUCAGGGCAUAAGCUCCUCUCCCUGACCCUAUUUCCUCCAUGGGUGAAUUUCCUGUGGAAGGAAUGGUGAGCAGGAGUCUGGAGCCUUUCCCUGCCCAGCUUUCCAUCCCACUGGAGGGUGACAGUGAUGAGUGACAGUUGCCUGUCCUGGGACCUGUCAUCCCCAAGGAGAUGCCAGAUAAAACCUUCAGGGAAAAACCAAAAUCAGCUACUGCCACAGACAGCCUUGACUUCCCUAUCUUGAGGCCCAGGACACCAGUUGUCACUUCGCAAAACAGCCUUUCCCACAGAGCCAGCCCACGUUGUGGUUGAACAGAAUUGGCUUGUUGCUUCUCGGUUCUGGUGUCCACAAAAGUGGAGCUGACUUUUUCCCAUGCCACAAAAAUAGGCAUUCACAUGGAAAAGAUUGACCUGGAAGGAACACCGUUCAAUGUGGUGGCAUGUGAGUGAGCUGUGCAGCCUAGCACACUUCCUCGCACGCUGCCUCUGGAGCAGAGAAGCAGGAGCAUGGUCACUGAGCCCAGAGGUUGAUUACGAAUCGGGAAAAUCUAGGAAACUGGCUUUGUUUUACCCAAACUGAAACCCAGUCACCUAAACUCCCUGAAUCCCAUGAUAAGCGGCUGAUUCCGUCCUUGUCUCCUCCAGGAGCAGCACCUUACAAUUAGGUGCCAGGUGCAGAGUAGAGGGAGUUGGACUGGAAAUCAUCACGCCUGGUUCCCUCCUGCUGUUUGCCCUUGAACAAGCACUUCACCUCUCUGAGCCCCGUUGUCUUCAGUUUAGGGGUGAUGCGUUCUGCCUUGGCCACUGGUUGGUGGAGGAUCAGAAGUGUACAGUGAACAUGGGCUUGUCACCACUGCCAGAGGCUGUCCUGAGGAAGCAACACGGCUCCUGUAGUGACAGCCUCCCACCCCUGGGCACAGGAAUUGACUUUAAAAUUAGGACCAUAGAACUUGAUGGCAAGAGAAUUAAACUACAGAUAUGGGACACAGCUGGUCAGGAACGCUUCCGGACAAUCACAACAGCCUACUACAGGGGUGCGAUGGGCAUCAUGUUGGUCUAUGACAUCACCAACGAGAAGUCCUUCGACAACAUCCAGAACUGGAUUCGGAACAUUGAGGAGCACGCCUCUGCAGACGUUGAAAAGAUGAUUCUUGGGAACAAAUGUGACGUGAACGACAAGAGACAAGUUUCCAAGGAGCGGGGAGAAAAGCUGGCCCUGGACUAUGGAAUCAGAUUCAUGGAGACCAGUGCGAAGGCCAACAUCAAUGUGGAGAAUGCGUUUUUCACUCUCGCCAGAGACAUCAAAGCAGAAAUGGACAAAAAAUUGGAAGGCAACAGCCCCCAGGGGAGCAACCAGGGCAUCAAAAUCAUGCCAGACCAGCAGAAGAAGAGCAGCUUUUUCCGAUGUGUUCUGUGAGGAGCGAUGCCUUCCUCUGAGCCUCACUCAGCUGAGCGGACUGUGCCUGUCCUGAGUGAGCCCCUCGCCUGGCCGGGCUCCCCCUCCAAUGCCCCUGCCACGCGUGGCCACCAGGCCCACGGCUGCUACCAGAACACAAUCGAGAAAUUGUUUGUUUUAGUAAAUGUCUGAUCUUUUUCAACUUUG